AUGCCAGCCUCUGUACACUCUCAAGACCAAGACCAGUCCAUGAUGGACACUGCUCCCCAGGAGCUUGAACAGCAGCAGGACUAUGAACAGGAGGAAUUCGAGCUUGAGGAAAAGCGUAUUGUCGUGCUACCGGGUGCCACCGAGACGGCAGCUUCUUUCCAGUUUGAAGGUGAGGGGCAUACUCUGGGGAAUGCGUUACGUUAUGCCAUCAUGAAGAACCCCGAAGUUGAAUUCUGCGGAUACACGAUCCCGCAUCCCUCGGAAGCUAAGAUGAACUUGCGUAUCCAGACCUACGAUUCGACGACUGCAGUUGAAGCCCUGGAGAAGGGUUUAGAGGCUUUGAUGGACCUCUGUGAUGUUGUCACAGACAAAUUCACAUCGGCGCGGGAUGCGUUCAAUGCUGCCCAGGCUGAUAAGAUGACCUCGUGA